UUUUUAAAAACCAGAAGCAUAGCAAAGCUGGUUGACAUAUAUAUACACACACGUAUAUUUAUUUUGGCUCUGCUUGCUUCGAAGCAUGUGAUUCACCGAUAAUAUUCAUUUACAAAGCCGAAGCAACUAAUACACACGACGGCGACCGGGUAUUGAAAACGAAUCACGGGGAAGAACCUAUCUCAAAUGGUGGAGCCAUUAACACAAUGAAUCGCGAAUGAAUUUUACAAAGUUCAUUUUUAUUUGAUCACUUGAUCGAGACAGUUGUUAAUUGCGCAAAAAGUUUUUAACUUCAAAAUAGUUUAAAAACAUUUACGUAUAUAUAUAUAUAUAUAUAUAUAUAUGCAUAAAUACAAAUACGCAUAUGUGUAAAAGUAUCUAGAAUUUUAGAUUAAGUCACACAGAAGAUAAAGAAACACUAUCGCAUGGUAAUUAGUAUACUACGAAAGAAAAGUGAAUCAACGUGUGCUCACACUAUAUAUGUAUAUUUAUAUACGACUUAAUAAAUACUAAUAGCUAAAGAAAGAAAAUUUAAAGGUGUUUAAACAACAAAAUAAUCCAAAAUGAUUAACGAUUAUAUCGAUAUGGACACGCACAGUAUUCGGUACGUAAGUGAAUCAUCCAACGCGAGUACAAGUGGAUAUUCCACAAUGUCACCUGGACAUGCUAGUGUACAGUCAACUCCUCCGUCGCCAUCACAAUCUCCAUCGACGCAACUACAGACGGAAUUUUCUAAUCUGAACCUGCCUUCGGGUUCUCCACAUAACCAACCUUCUUAUGCCACAUUGCAAAAUGCAACCCUGUUGUACAAUCAAAAUAGUCAUCCCUUAAAUUCGUCAAAUAAUUAUAUGAAUUUCUUACCAGUGGGAGGAAUACCUCCAACUAUGGUUCAAUUGCCACAGAAUCAGUAUGUCGGUAUGCAUACACAGUCCCAACGUAUUUAUUCAAGUAAUUCCGCAUCCAAGAUGUCAACGUAUACAACUGAAAAGUAUCCUGCAGAAUUGCGUAUUCUUGAACAUCCAGUGGAAAAAUUUCGCUUCAGGUACAAAUCUGAGAUGCAUGGAACACAUGGUUCUUUAAACGGUGCCAAUUCCAAAAGAACGCCAAAAACGUUCCCUGAAGUGGAGUUGUGUGGUUUUAAUGGGAAAGCAGUGAUUCGCUGCAGUCUUUUUCAAACGAAUCUAGAAAGUCCACACUCACAUCAACUGGUAGUGCGUAAAGAUGAUACAGAUAUUUGUGAUCCACAUAUAUUGACUGUUUCGCCUGAGCGGGGAUAUGUAGCACAAUUCCAAAAUAUGGGCAUCAUACACACCGCAAAGAAAUUCAUCUUCGAAGAAUUGUUAAAUAAAAAAAAGAAUCGCUUGAAAUUUGAACUGGGCAGAGAGGAAUUAUCCACAAAAGAAGUACAGGAAUUGCACAAAGAAACUGAAAAGGAGGCCAAAGAGAUGAACUUAAAUCAGGUGCGUCUAUGUUUCGAAGCAUUUAGAAUAGAAGAUGAUGAGACAUACACUCGGAUCGCAGCUCCUGUCUAUACAAAUCCCAUAAAUAACCGCAAAUCAGCACAAACAGGUGAACUACGUAUAUGUCGCCUUAGUAUUGCUACUGGCAGUGUGUCCGGAGGUGAUGAUCUUAUUUUACUAGUGGAAAAAGUAAGCAAGAAAAAUAUAAAGGUGCGUUUUUACGAAAUGAACGAAGAUGAAGAUCUUAUUUGGGAAGCAUAUGGUAAAUUCCGCGAGUCUGAUGUGCACCAUCAAUAUGCAAUCGUAUGCCAAACUCCUCCCUACAAGGACAAAGAUAUUGAUAAGCCUGUGGACGUAUCGAUUGAGCUUGUGCGUCCUACAGAUGAUGAACGUAGUUAUCCACCUGUAACAUUUCGCUAUAAACCCCGUGAUGUAGUUGUAUCACGUAAACGUAGACGAACAUGUUCAAGUGCUACAAGCAGUUCGAGUUCAGGUAGCUCUUUAAAUUCAUUUGAAUUACCUAAACCAGUACAGGAGCAGACAGCUAACAUAAAAAUGGAAACACAACAAUAUCAAAUACAGCAAGGGGGUAUAGGAGGUGCUUUUGGUAUGAAUCAGCCAACUAUUAGUGAAGAAUUUGAUAAAAACUUGCAGAUAAGCAAGUUAAUUGGUAGUGAUUUAUUCAAAGAAUGUAUGCAUUUAAAUUCCGAGGAACUAGCCGAAAUAGUUCCAACAGAUUCAGUUGGAAAUAUGUCAGGCAUAGAUAUUUUAAAUGAGCUAUCCAAUGGUACGCUCGUAGAAGAUGGUACAUCGUCUACAUCCUUUGGGAACCAUCAACUCUCCAGUGAUAUGCGUAACGUGUAUAAUAAAUCUAUAUUAGGAGUAACCUUGGAUGCGCAGCGAAAUACUUACUUACUGCGAAUUUUUAAAAUUUUCGAUGGCAUAAGAACGUCUAAGAAUUUAAGUGGAGAUCAAUUUUACAAAGCUGCGAAGGAAGUUGAAGAUAUAUUUAUUGACCAUGCGGAAAGAAAUGAGUUACGUGAGAGCAUACUACAUGAGAUUAUAAUAAGCGAUAUUCCGAAACUUGUUAUAAAGACAUGCCAUGUAUUGGAAUAUUUUAAGCUGAAACACAUCUUUAACAAAGUUCUCAAUGCCCACAAUGAAACUGCUCUACAUACGGCUUGUUUGCAUAGCCGCGAAAAGUAUAUUCGACCUCUUCUGGGCCUCGGUUGCGAUCCGAAUAUUCAAAAUAAACAGGGUGAUACAGCACUACAUAUCGCUGUUAAGGAACAGCAUCAGAAGUGUAUUGAGAGUUUUCUUAAUCGUGAUGUGCCUCUUGAUUUAACAAUAAAAAACGACGAAGGCUUUACGCCUCUACAUUUGGCCAUUCGACAAAGGAAUUAUGAUGUCGCCAAAAGGUUAUUACAACAUGACUCACGAGCAGCGGUCGUGCCGAAUGCUAAGGAACAAAACAAUGCUUUACAAAUGGCCGUAUUACAGUCAGAUUUUGAAUUUGUAAAAUUGAUUUUAGAAGUAGCUGCACAACAUGUAACCGAGCUGUUAAAAGCAUGCAAUGCAGCAGGUCGUAACGCUAGUGAUUUAGCAAGAGAAUUAAACACGAAAGUUGGUAUUCAAAUUAAUACUUACUUCGCAUCUUACGGAUUUAAUAUCAACCAUAAUGAUCGUUUAAUUAUAAAAGAGGAAGAGAUCUCUUCAUCAUCAUCAGAAGAUGAUGAAGACUUAGAUAAUAUACAAGCAGUAUCUAAUACUAUUGAGCAAACCAGAGAAAAGGGAACAAUCAGGAUUAAAGACGAGUUUAAAGGUAUGGGCCUCAAUGAUACGGACAGAAAAACAGAAGUAAGAAUGCCGUCAUCCUUUAACGAAUUGUUGUGUAAUGAAAGAAAAUGUCGAAAUUUAAUGGAUGCAUUAAAUGUUGGAGAUAAGUGGAAGCAACUAGCGGUGCCAUGUAAAAUGCAGCAUUUACUAUGCUUAUGGAAUAAUGCAGACGAUAUGCUAGAUUAUAUGCGUAAAAAUAUUGAAUAUGACGUGUUUUUAUCGGCAUUAGAACUUGUAGAUAAACAGGUUUUUCAACUGUUACGAAGCACAUGAAUAAAUAACAACAGUUGCAAUUUGAGAAAAAACGAGAACUUGUGUGACGCAAGUACUAAUUUCUUGGAAUUAUUUUAGAAUAUUAAGUUGGCCUAUUUGUACAAUAGUUUAAAAUACAUGCGUAUCUAAUUCAUAGAAGAGAAUAAUAAAAUAAGAUUUCAUGUAAGAAAAAUGCA